AUGUCCAGCAGCAAGCAGUACAAGACCAUAGGCGAGGACCUCUGGAAGUCCCGCACGGAGAAAAUUAAUGCAGAGCUGUUCGCGAUGACCUACGGCGCGCUCGUCGCGCAGCUGGUGCAGGACUACGAGGACUAUCAGGAGGUGAACAAGCAGUUGGAGCGUAUGGGGUACAACAUUGGGACGCGCCUGAUCGAGGACUUUCUCGCGAAGAGCGGGCUUGGGCGCUGUGCGGACUUCCGCGAUGUGGGGGAGGUGGUGGCCAAGGUCGGAUUCAAGGCAUUCUUGAAUAUCACGCCUACAAUAGCGCAUGCGGUGCCGGGGCAGACAGCAGCGAACAGCAGGCCAUCAAGCACAACAGGAACACCACAACCGACCUCUGGCGCGUCAUUCACUCUCACCCUCGACGACAACCCGCUGGCCGAGUUCGUCGAGCUACCAGACGAUGCGCUAGAAGGGGGACUAUGGUUCAGCAACGUUUUAUGUGGUGUCUUGCGAGGAGCGUUGGAGAUGGUCCAGAUGCAAGUGUCAGCAGAGUUCGUCUCGGACGUUCUGCGCGGCGACGAGAACACGCAAAUCAGGGUACGGCUCAUCAAGUACUUGGAGGAGGAAGUACCGGUUGGGGACGAUUAG